UGACCAUCCUUAUGUUUGCCGAUAAGAUCCUGAAUUGUUUACACAGUGAUCAGCGGGAGGAUUCAGAAAAAGCAGGUCAUAUAAACUGCAUGUGUUUCCGCAAGAGGAAAAGAUACUAACGUUCCAACAGGAUGCUGAAAACAAGGACUUUGUUAACUGCAUUAAGAUCGUCAACUCCUUCCUUGCGGAACUCCAGCACCAUUGAGGGGGUUAAGUUUAACGAUAAACCGCUUGAGGAACCCCCAGACGUCUCGAGCUUUGAUUCUAGCGGAAUUCAAAGCUUUGAUAGCGUCCCUGGACCCAAAGGAAUAUACGCCUUGCCAUUUAUAGGGCCUCUUGUUCAUGUUAAAAAGUUCAGUAAUGGAAAGAUAGGAGGUCUUAACGAUAUUCUGCGCGCAUAUCGGCAGGCGCAUGGGGAUCUGUUCCGGUUUAGAAUUGCCUCGCGGUGGAUUGUAGUCGUGUCAAAUCCGGACCUUGCAAAAGAGGUUCUAAGCAUCCGCGUCAAAUAUCCCUUCCGACCCGAAGUAGAAAUUGUGAAAAUAUUUGGCAUAAGGAACAACAAAGAAGAAGGACUUGGAACUCUGCAAGGAGAGGCGUGGUGGAACCUUCGAAAGCCCGCCCAGGAUCAUAUAAUGAAACCGUCCGCUGUCCGUUCUUAUAUACCACUCAUAGAUGAGGUGGCGGGUGACUUCGUUGCCAAUUUAAAAGACACCCGAACUAUAGAUGACUGUCUUCAAUUACUCAAUGCUGUUGCAACUGAAUGCAUGGGGAUGUUGUGUUUCAAUCGCCGGUUAGGAUGUCUACAGGGCCAAUCGCCAAUCAGUAUGGAAGAUCUCAAUACAAUUUUCACCUCCACUGCCGAAGCUGGAAAGUUCUUUAAACCUUACAAAUAUUUCAGGACGCCAUUUUACCGAAGAUUUGAGAAGGCUGUCCUCAAACUUCAUUGUAUUACAGACAAGGAAAUCGAAUGUGCUGUCCAACGGUUAAAAUCUACGGUCGAGGAAUCCACUGAAAAUGCACGAGCAUCUUGUCCCAAUCUCCUUUUGUCCAUGACGACCGACGGACGUCUGACCAAAGACAGAAUAAAUCUUCUCAUCACCAAUCUGUUCGGCGGGGGGAUUGACUCUACUUCCAAUACAAUGACGUUUCUGUGGUACGAAUUGGCGGCAAACGAAGAAGCGCAGAAAAAAGUAUAUGAUGAAAUCAGUAAUCACAGCAGCAAUCAUGGUCUUGACACUACAGCACUAUCUAAGAUGACUUUUCUGAAAGCAUGUCUUCGGGAAUCGAUGAGAAAGAAUUUCCCUACCAAUGUUGGAAGCGUCCGUAUUUUUGACACAGAUUGUAACAUAUCAGGAUACAAAAUUCCGAAAAAGACACCAAUACUGAUUGCGUCAAAUAACAUCAGUAAAGAUUCCCGAUUCUACAAGUAUCCCGAUCAAUUCAUCCCGGAGAGGUUUUUGCGGGGAUCUGAUGCUUUGGACAAUGGAACAAGACACUCCCAUCCCUUUGCGUUCCUGCCCUUUGGAUUUGGUCCCCGAAGUUGCAUUGGACAAAGAUUUGCAGAAACCGAGAUUCUCGUCGUAACACUCAAUCUCAUCAAGAACUUUCGAAUCUCCUUACCUCCCGGAAGUUCCAAGAAUCUGGAAUCCGUGACGAGAACAUUCACAGCUCCGGCAAAGAAAGUCACGCUUCAUCUCACACCGAGGCCAGGUCCUUGAAAAUCAUGCGCGGAUCCAAUAAUAUUCCACUGGGGGUCCGAAAAAUAAAAAUUAAAUUCUGUAUUCCGAGGGUUGGGAUGAGGAAUGUACCAUGCCUGUUUUUGGUAACUCUACUAUGAAAACUAUGUAACGGAGACCCCCCACCCCCCCUCACACUCAAGAUCCGCGCACGACCUGUUGCAUUAUUGCCAUUGACACAACGUGCAUAUUAGAGUCAUCAUUGCCCGUCCAAUUGACCAGAAUGUGUUUCCUGCCAUGGUAAUUCCUUGGCGUAAAUCCGUAGGAUUUAACAUUACAUGAUUGUAUACUUCGUAUGUUAUUUUUGUGUAGAAGAAACAGAUACAUGUAGUGAGUGACUACAUGUAACUGCCCUUAUUAAUCAUAUAGGAUUGAAUAAUAAAAAAAAAAUCACUGUUUAUAAACAUAAAAUGACAUUAAUAGUCUGUGAGAGAGAGAGAGAGAGAGAGAGAGAGAGAGAGAGAGAGAGAGAGACAGAGAGAGACAGAGAGAGAGACAGAGUGUACAUACAAUUAUGAUUCUGUUUUCAGAAAAUAUGCAUUAAUUUUGAAUACAGUCAUGCAUUUUAACUUCCUUGUCAAUUAAUAAAUAAUUAAAAAUUUAUCAACGGUUGUGAUUUAUAUGAAUAAAUAUUGUUGCUUCAUAAAGGUGGGUAAAUACAUGUAUCCAUAAUGCAUUUCAUCCUCUUGCAUAUUGAAAUCAUGAACAUGUACAAAUAAAACAUUCUGAGUAGCUUAUUGAUCACUUUCAAGCAUAAAUUAGAAUUGUUUUAACAAGGCCUUGGACUUUCAUUCGGAUAUAACUAUCUGUUUCUUGCGUCAAAACAAGUAAAAAAUGACGCUGGUUUCAAGCGAAAUAUACAUAGAUUGCGUAGUUUUCGCUCAAAGGCCAGACAAAUCUUGUUGAUUUCAAAGAGCCAUGGCAGUGGCCUACAAUGAAAUAGACAGGCCUACGUCACAUUGCUGUUUGACGCAACUACCCAAAGUCCAAGCUCUUGUUAAAAUGGUUCUAACACUAGAUGCUUCCAGUAAAACUAAACAUUAAUUAAAUAUAUUAAGAUUAGUUGGUUUUUUUUUUUCAACAUUUCAAAAAUUCAAAAGUAAGGGAUUUUUUCAAAGUUCCAUGCACAUGUAAUGGAUCUGUAAUAUAUUAUUAGGAUGAAACUGCACAUCAAGGCAAUUUUAGUGCAAACAAACUAUGUACAUGUACUAUAGAUAGAUUUAUUGGCACUUUAUGUAGAACAAUCUUCUUCCUAAACAAACAAUAAAUAACUAGAAAAUUAAGACUAAAAUACGUACUGUACAAAAAGUGUGAUAUAGCCAAUACAAUUACAUGUAACUUCAGUAAAUCAAUUGAUUCAGAAAUAAAUAUAAAAAACAAAUGCACAUGUUCCAAUA